CGCGGCUUAAAAGGGCAGCGCCGGGUGGGCCCCGCCCGCCGCGGGCGGUUCCGGGGCGGCGGCGGCAGCGGCGCAUGGCGGCGCUUCCGCUGCGGGCGCGGCGGCACCAUGAACUACAUGCCCGGCACGGCCAGCCUGAUCCAGGACAUCGACAAGAAGCACCUGGUGCUGCUGCGGGACGGCCGGACGCUCAUCGGGUACCUGCGCAGCAUCGACCAGUUCGCAAACUUGGUGUUGCACCAGACCGUGGAGCGCAUCCACGUGGGCAAGAAGUAUGGGGACAUCCCUCGGGGCAUCUUCGUGGUGAGGGGCGAGAAUGUGGUGCUGCUGGGGGAAAUUGACCUGGAGAAGGAGAGCGACACACCUCUGCAGCAGGUGUCCAUCGAGGAGAUCCUGGAGGAGCAGCGGGUGGAGCAGCAGGCCAAGCAGGAGUCGGAGAAGCUGAAGGUGCAGGCGCUGAAGGAGCGCGGCCUCUCGGUGCCGCGGGCUGACACGCUGGAUGAGUACUGAGGGGCUGCCCCUUCCCUGCGGGGAGCCAGGGCUGCUCCAGGACCUGCCUGGGCAGGCACAGACUGCCUCAGAAAGGCGGGUUUCAUUUUCAGAUUGUCUUUUCCGUGGUGCUGGUAACUGUACACAAAUCAUGCCUUUAGUCUCCUUCUGGAGAAGGAGAUGAGGAGGGCCCAGCGCACUGGGAGUGCAAGCAUUUGUGUUUGGGAGGCAAAUCACUGCUCCUUGGGUUUGUUUGCUUUUUCCUCCUCACAUGACUCUGGGUGAGAGUUUUCCUUGACAUGUAAAUAAAUCCUUGAUCCUGA